UUGGAUUGCACAUUACACUCUCUAUUCUACACACCGCGAGGCCUAACGCAGAUGCACAUUUUCAUCCUGUCAGUCUCGCUUCCUGCUCGUUCGCGACCGGUUCGAUUUGCAAACUCUCUUGUGUCGAUCGUUAAGUUUCUUUUUUUUUUCCAGUUUGCUUUACGUUGUUUCAUUUAAUUGUUUGCUGAUUUGUUUCUGUUGUUAAUUAAUAAUUAUAAUUAUAAUAAUCAAGUCAUUUUCAAAUUUUUCUACCCUGAUUGUAUAAACAAAUCAGUCAACAUGAAGUUUCCCGCCAUAAGGCGGAUAGUUUUCUUGGUAGUAUCGGCAACGAUUGGCUCGUGUCCUACUGCCAGUUCCAGUCCACGUAGUCCAGCAUCAUCUGGACCAAGUUUUCUGCUCGAUGGGAUCUCAAAUGUUGCCAACAGCGCUUCAAACUUCUUGACGGGUGUCGUUCAGCGACAAAAGGAGCUACUUCAUCAUGUGACAGACUCAGCAACCGACUACGUCGCCAAUGCUGUGGAGAAGCCGCGGAACCUCCUGAUGAACACGGCCAUUAUGACGACUAAUUACAUCGACAGUGCAGCGUCAAUUGGAUUGGACUUCAAACUCAGACGUCUGCUGGAAAAAUUUCGUGCUCGAAUGCCACAUGGGUUUCCAGAACUCGAUAUUCCGGUACUUGAGCCCCUGCAACUGCGCGAAAUUUAUCUCGAAACUCAUAACCCAGAAAUUGGCGACCUAAAUAUAUUUGUUGACAAUGUGACAAUUUCUGGACUAUCAACAUUCGUUGUGGACCGAGCAAGAUUGUCACUUAUUGGUCCAACAAUCGCUGUAAAUCUCACAAUACCAACAGUUAUUGUCGACGGUUAUUACAACAUAUCUGGAAUACUUGGUAACACAUUUGAACUUCACGGUUCCGGACCAUUUGCAGCAACGGCCCGUGACUUUCGUAUUUUUUUUGAAACCGUUCUGGGUUACUCACGUGGGAUGUACAUGAAAAGUUUUGAUCUCGACUUUUCAAUUCGCGAUGUAAAGAUACGUCUAGAUAAUUUUAUGGGUCACACUAAAUUUAGUUCAGUCAUGAAUGAAGUCUUUGAAGAACUCACCCCGCGAGGUAUUGAGAUCAUUAAGCCUGAAAUAUUGCCGGAUAUACAGGACUUUAUAGCAGCGCGAGUUAAUGACACAAUUUAUCAUCUAACGAUGAGAGAUGUACUGACCUUUCUCAUUGGAGAAAAUGAAAUACGAAACAACCCUCAUUUAUUACUACCUUAAAAUAACAGUAAAAUAUAUUUUUAACUGUUUUAUUUUAUUUUACACUCGUAAUACAUAAAUUAUAUUUUUAUUUUUAAGCUUAAUAGGUUAGUUAAUAAAAUUGAUUUAUUGUAUUUUUUAAAAGGACUUU